GGCAUAACCAAGGAGAAGAUUCUAAAUCAGCCACUAUUAGAGGAAGGCACUUUUCUCUCUUACGCUUCCAAAGCGAAUCAACCAGAUAUAGUGAGGACGUUACUCAGCUGUGGUGCUAAUCCAGCUGUUCAGGACAUUAACGGAUUCAAUGCUGUGGAUGUCGCGUCCAGUGAUAUAAUUCAUCGUACUUAUAUCGAGGAAUUGCUUAGGGCAACAGCUGCAUCCGAAAUAAACAGAGUGGUGCAGUUGCUGGAUGCUGGAUUGAACGUAAAUUCGUGGGAUUCCCAUGGUAGCAAGAACACUCCUCUACAUUGGGCGGCUUGUUACGGAAACAAGGAUAUCGUUGCAUGUUUAAUAGAAAGAGGAGCUGAUGUGAACGCUGUUAACGGUUGUGGUGCGACGCCGUUACACGAUGCAGUAAAUCGAGGGGAUGUCGCUAUCUGCCAAGAGUUGCUGCAAGCAGGCGCGAAUUUUUUUAUACGAGCGACUAAAGGAACUUUUGCAGGGAAAACUCCAUAUGACCUUUCUAGGGGGAAGCAAUCGUUGCAUUGCUUCGUUCAAAGAUUUCUGUCGAACUCUAUCUCGAACGAGAGUGAAACGAUGCACAGUCCGACGUUCGCCGACGGGAACUUCUGCCAGAAGAGCAUCUCCAGCAACAUGAGUCAGCUUUCUAUCGAAUCUACUAAAUCGUUGGACCCUGUUUACGAUGUACCGUUACGAGAAUCGUCGGGUAAGGAGAGUCCAGCUAAGAACACAGAAAAGGAAGGGAUUUAUAGUUUGCUUUGGCCACAGCCGAAGACUGUCGUCGAGUUAAAGAAUUUCUCUGCGCCUUUCAUUGCCGGCAAGGAACUUUUUAUAUCCAUAAUACAAGGCAGCGAGUCUAUUCACAGAAUAUUAGACGUCUGGGAGAUCAGCAGGACUCAUUUACUGGAGUUAGGAUACGACGUGAAGAUCGGCGAAGUCCAUCCUACUUCCGGAAAAUUGCUGAACGAUAACAGAAUCGAAUGUAUAGUAAACAAGAAGUUAUUCAACACUCCCGAAGGAUAUCAACUGCACAUCUCGCAGAAUACUAUUAAAGUCGGUGCCGGCAGUUUAGCUGGUCUCCAUUACGCGGUCUGCACCUUUGUACAAAUAUUAAGAUUGACCAAAAGCCAGAAUAGAUCCGAGACCUGCGAGAUUGAACCGGUUUUUAUAAAAGACGAGCCGAGGUUCACCCAUCGUGGAAUAUUGCUAGACAUUUCGCCCAGAGGACGAAUACCGACGCUGGAAUAUUUACUACAUAUGAUCGAUUUAUGGUCGUCCUUUAAAAUAUCUUAUUUGCAUUUAUAUUCGAGGCUCACACCGAACUGCGACUGGCAGCUCUGCUAUUCGAAAUCAGAAAUGGUUACUUUAGAUCGUUACUGCAGGGAUCGACAUUUGGAUUUGGUUCCCACGUUGGACGUUGACUCGAACGUAGGUCAACACCACCUCUCGCAAAUGUGGCCUAUAUUUCAGGAAUUGCUCGCAGUCUUCCCGAGUCUCAGUUACGUCCACGUCGGUCCCAGACUGGCUAAUCUGCUCGUACAGGCAGAUAAUUUUGACUUGAAUCUAUCGGUUAACGAAACCAUCGAGACGGACAUGUCCGAAGUGUUUAAGUCGUACUCCUGCCUCCAAGAACUGUGGCAUAUCUUAAAUCUGUGCCCCAGCACGACUCUUUUACUAUGUUCCAAUGGACUGCAUUCGAAGGCAGAGUUUCAUAACGUGCCUAGCAAUAUUAUCCUCGUCGAAUACGGAUUUCAGGCUGAUUACGAUUUUUCUGAAUGGACAGAAGCGUUUAGGAUAGCAGGUGGUAACGUGUUGCCCAGUUCUGGAACGGCGAGUUAUAAUAGUUUAGCAGGAUGUCCAGCGUCGACGUAUGCAAAUACGAAGAACGCGAUAAAAACUUCCGUCGAACAAGAUUCAGUGGGCGUAGUGGUGGCUCAUUGGUCUGGCAGUCAUCAUCUCACCUCUCAUACGUUUGCAUGGAUCGGAUAUUUGAUAGCUGCAGGAUUAGCGUGGAACCCAGCUAGUGAAAUUGAUAUAAAUACUGACGAUAAUUAUGAAGGAUCUGAAAUAUUUGGUUCGAGGCAAAAAUGUAUAACGAAAUUAUUAGACAUUCACGUGUUCCAAGAUUCGGACUACAAAAUUGGCACGGCUAUAUUAGAAUUAGGCCGUCUAGACACGCUCGUUCUUACUCUUAGUAAGAAUCAAGGAACGAAGGACUUGCAACAGAUUCCUGACAACCGAGGCUCGACGUUGUACAGAUUAUUAACAGACCCAGACAACGUGAAUUUGGAGAACCUCUCAGCCGACCUCUUCGCGAAGGUGACGAAGCAGGUGAAACGAAUUUCGCAUUCGUUAUACGAAAGCAGUUUGUCAUCCAAGUUCGCAUCGAUGGAAAUACAGGAACUACAAUUGACUGCAGAUUUAAUGUUAACUGCGUGCAAAAUCGGCAGAACGUUGAUCGGCGUCGGUGUCAAUCCUAACAGCAACAUGGGCCUUGCGGUUAUCAAUCUAGGAAUUUGCAAUCUUCCACCUACGUUCAGAACCGACGUAGCGAAUAAAAUGCUGGCCCAUAUAGAACAGUACAAGGGCUCGUGGUUGCAAAGGCAUUUACCUCAGGGCCUUCAAAGCUCUCUGCUCGUUCUCACUAGUGCUUUACAUAGGUUCGUACCAGAAACCUGAGCUUCGAACACAUAAUAAUUCGUAUAAAUAUAUAAAAUGAAUAUUGCCAGUUCCUGCUGUGCUAAAAGCAAUGCAUCGACAUAAGAUUUCAGGCUUUGUUCAAAUUCGAUAAGAAAUAUUAGGCAUUCCAUUUAAAAAAAA